ACUCAAACAUGGCGGAGCUCUGAGAGAUUUGCAGAGUUAUAAUAAACAUUCACUUUUAAACAAAUAAAUGCACCAACGUUUCCAUAUUAGAUGAUGUUUAACACACGUUUGUAGAUAGGUGCAAAACGGUGAACGAUCUUCUACACUGAUAAUCAUAAUCCUGCAGAAACUUCUGACAUUGUUGUUUUCUUUGUUUCUACAUUAUUCGAGCAUCAGAUUCAUGUUUAUAAAUGUCGCCAAUAUUCUUAUCAUCCUAAACGAAGACUUGUUUCAACACGAACAGGAAUAACUCCAGGUGUUUCAACUGAGAUCUGCGGGAUAAAACAUUGUAAAAUGAUGUUUAUUAAAGAAGAGAGUGAGGACAUGAGUUAUCCAGAAUCAUGCAGUUCAAAUGUCAUGAAAAAUGAAGAUACUGAGGAACAAAGAGAUCUGAUGGACGUGAAAGAGGAAAGUCAAGAACUGAAUGAAGUGAAGGAGAAACACCAUCCAGAUCAGACACUUUACAGUUUCAAAACUGAACAAACGUCUUUUAGUGACUCACAGACUGAAAAGAAUUCCUCACAAAAAAGAACUCAAAGAACAAGAAACAAAAAUAAUUUCAACUGCCAUCAGUGUGGGAAUACUUUUACACGUAAAGAAAGUCUUACUAACCACAUGAGAAUUCACACUGGAGAGAAGCCUUUCAAAUGCCAUCAGUGUGGGAAUACAUUUACACGUAAAGCAAGUCUGGAUAAGCACAUGAGAAUUCACACUGGUGAGAAGCCUUUCAAGUGCCAUCAGUGUGGGAAGAGUUUCAGACAUGCAUGUAGUCUCAAAAGUCAUUUGUCAUUUCACUCUGGAGAAAAGUCAUAUAGCUGUGAUCAGUGCGGCAAAACAUUUUCUUCAAGAUCAAUCUUAAGAACACACCGGAAAAUUCAUGCAAAUGAGAAGCCUUACUUGUGUUCUCUUUGUGGAAAGACUUUUUUGCAUGUGCAAAGUUUAAAAGACCACCAGAGAAAGCACACCGGUGUGAAAGAUCAUGUGUGCUCUGAGUGUGGGAAGGCCUUUCACAGAGCUUCUGACUUGGAACUGCACAAAAGAGUCCAUACUGGAGAAAAACCUUACAAGUGUUCAUACUGUGGUAGGAGUUUCACUAUUUCAGGAAACCUGAAAAAACAUGAGAGAGUGCAUACUGGAGAGAGGCCGUACCAAUGUACUUCAUGUGGAAAGAGAUUUAUUAAGGCAGGAAACCUGAAAGCACACGAGAGAGUGCAUACUGGAGAGAAGCCAUACCACUGCACUUCAUGUGAAAAGGGUUUCAUAAGGUCAGGAGACCUGAAAAAACACGAGAGAGUUCAUACUGGAGAGAAGCCGUACCACUGCACUUUACGUGAUCUGAUGGACGUGAAAGAGGAAAGUCAAGAACUGAAUGAAGUGAAGGAGAAACACCAUCCAAAUCAGACACUUUAUAGUUUCAAAACUGAACAAAACUCUUUUAGUGACUCACAGACUGAAAAGAAUUCCUCACAAAAAAGAACUCAAAGUACAAGAAACAAAAAUGAUUUCAACUGCCAUCAGUGUGGGAAUACUUUUACACGUAAAGAAAGUCUUACUAACCACAUGAGAAUUCACACUGGAGAGAAGCCUUUCAAAUGCCAUCAGUGUGGGAAUACAUUUACACGUAAAGCAAGUCUGGAUAAGCACAUGAGAAUUCACACUGGUGAGAAGCCUUUCAAAUGCCAUCAGUGUGGAAAGAGUUUCAGACAUGCAUGUAGUCUCAAAAGUCAUUUGUCAUUUCACUCUGGAGAAAAGUCAUAUAGCUGUGAUCAGUGCGGCAAAACAUUUUCUUCAAGAUCAAUCUUAAGAACACACCGGAAAAUUCAUGCAAAUGAGAAGCCUUACUUGUGUUCUCUUUGUGGAAAGACUUUUUUGCAUGUGCAAAGUUUAAAAGACCACCAGAGAAAACACACCGGUGUGAAAGAUCACGUGUGCUCUGAGUGUGGGAAGGCCUUUCACAGAGCUUCUUACUUGGAGCUGCACAAAAGAGUUCAUACUGGAGAAAAACCUUACAAGUGUUCAUACUGUGGAAAGAGUUUCACUAUUUCAGGAAACCUGAAAAAACAUGAGAGAGUGCAUAAUGGAGAGAGGCCAUACCAAUGUACUUCAUGUGGGAAGAGUUUUAUUAAGGUAGGAAAUCUGAAAGCACACGAGAGAGUGCAUACUGGAGAGAAGCCAUACCACUGCCCUUAAUUUGAAAAGAGUUUCAUUAUGUAACGAGACCUGGAAAAACAUGAGAGAUUGCAUACUGGAGAGAAGCCGUACCACUGCACUUUAUGUGGUAAGAGUUUCAGCCAAUUAGGCUCUCUUCAGACUCAUAGAAAACAACAUUGUCCAGUCUUUUCACAUUGAGCUUAAUCAAUCUUUAUUUGCACUGCAAAAUAGUAUGAAAUAAAAGAAAAAAAACAGGAUGGAUUUCUUUCUGAAAAUAACAAUUACAAAUAAAUAGGUGAAUUGUUACAUUACCUGUUGUGCUGAUUGUGCUGUCAUUCUAUGUAACAAGGUAGAAGGUUAUUUGUACUUUCUCAAUAAACUAGAAGGAAUAAAACUAUUGUUAAUGCUGUGAAAUUCAACAAUUUUCUAUUAAAUAUUUUCUUCUCUGAUUCGGAGUAGCCAUGGUGCUAAAUGCUGUUAGCAAUUACAUAAUUAUUCUAUUAGUCAAUAAUUUCUCCAUUCAGUGUUGUUAGCUGUUGUGUUGAACAGUAGGACAAAAUGACAUUUUAGAGCCAGUUCAUGGCAGAGCCCCUCCCUAAACUGUCAAGGAAAGAAAAAGUGGCUCCAUUUUGAUUGGAUCAUGGCAGACCAACACAAACAGUUGCCAAGCAGCCAUCAGAUAAGCUUUAUGGCCAAUUGCCAGGCACCACAGAAAGAAGGCCCCGAAACUUCCAAAACAUUGGAAAGGAAUUUUCAUUGGUAAACGAGUGGUCUCUUAUUGCCAGAAACCUGUGCAAGAUCUUCUCUACUGAUACUCAUAAACCUGCAAAAACUACUUGCAUUGUCGUUUUGUUUAUACAAAAUCUGCACUUCAGAUUCAUGUUUAUAAAUGCCACCAAUAUUCUCAUCAUCCUAAACAAGACAAAGACUUGUUUCAACAUGAACAAGAAUAACUACAGGUAUUUCAAACAUUGUAAAAUUAUGUUUAUUAAAGAAGAAUGUGAGGGACAUAAGUUAUCCAGAACCAUGCAGUUCAAAUGCCAAGAAAAUGUCCAUUCUUCAUUCUUCUUUAUUGGGUUGUUCCAUAUCAAAUCAACAAAUAUUUAGACAAAAAGAAAAAAAAAAUUUACUGAUGAAAGAUAAACAAAUGAUUAUGAAAAGCCAAAAAAAUAAAUGCUAUUGAUCAAUAUUGACUGAGUAAUCCAUCAUAAGAGGGAGGUCAAAAUGACAGUUCGAUUUUGGAGCAAAACUACAGGUAAAAACAAUAAGGUGCCAGAGCCAUGAUUUUAUUUUAACACACAAGCUGGGUUCCAUCCAACUAUUUUGAUGUGCAUUUUGAAAAUGUGCAUAAAAAAUCCUGAAUGGAAACACUUGAUAUGAGAAUAAAUUCAUAAUUCGCAUGGAAAUUUAAUGCACUAGGAGGAGGUGGAUUUUCUAGAGUUUCACAUUAAAAAUGCACAUUGAGGUGACGGAAACAGUUUAUUCACAAAGGCUAUGUUCACGCAGGCAGAAAGAAAGUUGAUUUUUUGGAUGCUGUCACUCAAAUUCAUUUAGGUUUUUGUAGUCUUAACAGGACAAAAACACAUUAAAGCAGAUUUUUACAAGCCUCAUCCAAACCACCAACGAAUGUGGCGAUUUUCGGAUUUUUCUUAAUGCAUCUCAGUCUGAAUGGUCAGAUUGGAUUUCAUGCGGAAGAGCCCCCCCACUCUCUCUCUCCUCACUCUCUCUUUCCCCCUCUCACUCUCUCUCUCACUCU